AUGAAGAUGAACGUCAAGCAAAGAAAAGUUCAAUGCACUCUAUUGUUCUCGACGUGGUGCAUAGAGAAAAAACUGCUGCACCAUCAUAAAAAGCGCGGCAGUCCAUAUGAAAAAAAUCAACCCUUCCGCGUCACGUGGCAGGAAUAUUUGAAUGUAGAUUAUGUUGAUGCGGUGAACUUUCUCGUAGCGUGCAUUAGCCGGGCGUUCGUGUUUGAAUACGGAAGGGUUGUAGCGGCGAGGGCACGCGCGGGUAAAAAACUGUGGGUCACGGGCGCGGGCGCGGGGCUCAGUCGCUGCUUUUUUGUGCACGAGAGCGCGCGUCACUCGCGCGCGGCGCCAGCGCAGGUGAUAAUGCGGCUGCCGCUUGCUUCUGGGAUGGCGAUGAAAAACAAGGCAUAAUCGUAACCCCGUCCGACGGGAGCGCGGGCUCCGCAAAUAUCCUGAGAUAUUGCCGGCCGACGACAGCGAAGGAGCCUCCGUCGUUAUUCAUAAAUUAAAGUUUUAAUUGCCAUCGAAAUAUUUCUUGCUCCGAUGGCAAUCAAACUUGUAGGCACAGUCGCUGAAUAAAUAAUGAGGUGUAGAUAGCAGUUCAUAAAAACUUGAUCGUCGCAAUGAAGUUUUUUUAAAAGUUAUGUGCCUACCUACCUAAAUGCAAUUUGAACGCUGAAGUGGUUUCCGGUGAGACAAAUCAAAUGUAUUAUUAUUAAGGAAUGAGAAAAAACUGAAUAAAAUCAACUGUCACAC